AUGACAGAUGAGAGAUGGAGAAAGGAGUUAUUUCCAGAGCACCACAAAUAUGAUUUACAUGAUAUCCAGGAUCCAGGUUCAGCCGGAGAGCAGAGCUUAUACUUCAGGCAGCAGCCAUCUGUUGGGACAGCUGAAAGAUGGCAAGAGGAUUUGCUUCUGGACGACCAGCAGCAUCUGCCAGCCAAGCACCAGACAGAGGCUUCCAGCAGAAGACAGGUUUAUGAUGACUAUCAAUCAAAAUUGAACACUGAAUUCCAAAUUCCACUGACACUCCAAUCUGGAGUAGAUCAUGAAGAAGACAAGAAAGAGCGUCAAAAGCAAUACCUGAGAUAUAGACGACUUUUCAUGGAUAUUGAGAGAGAACAAGUAAAAGAACAACAAAGACAAAAAGAACAUCAGAGGAAAGUUGAAAAUAUGCCUAUUGCUCCUGAGCAAUGAAUUCCGUUCAUGCUGGACGACGUGAGAGCAAGGACUGAG